AUGGAGCCCGCGACCGCGCCCCAGGCCGACAUGGCGCCGGAGCUGACCCCGGAGGAGGAGCAGGCCACCAAGCAGUUUCUUGAAGAGAUUAACAAGUGGACAGUUCAGUACAACGUUUCUCCUCUCUCUUGGAAUGUGGCUGUGAAGUUCCUCAUGGCUCGGAAGUUCGAUGUGCUCCGCGCCACAGAGUUGUUCCACUCCUAUAGGGAAACAAGAAGGAAGGAAGGCAUUGUGAAUCUGAAACCUCAUGAAGAACCUCUCCGUUCUGAGAUUCUUAGUGGAAAAUUCACCAUCUUAGAUGUUCGGGACCCAACAGGAGCCUCCAUUGCCCUCUUCACUGCCAGAUUGCAUCAUCCCCACAAAUCAGUGCAACAUGUGGUACUUCAGGCUCUGUUUUACUUGUUAGACAGAGCUGUAGAUAGCUUUGAAACACAGAGAAAUGGACUGGUAUUUAUCUAUGACAUGUGUGGUUCUAAUUAUACCAACUUUGAGCUGGAUCUUGGCAAGAAAGUCCUAAACCUGCUGAAGGGGGCAUUUCCAGCUCGUUUGAAGAAAGUGCUGAUUGUGGGAGCACCCAUAUGGUUCCGAGUGCCCUAUUCCAUCAUCAGCCUCCUCCUGAAGGACAAAGUCCGGGAGAGGAUUCAGAUAUUAAAGACAUCCGAGGUCACCCAGCACCUGCCCAGAGAGUGCCUUCCAGAAAACCUGGGUGGGUACGUCAAAAUGGACCUCGCCACUUGGAAUUUCCAAUUCCUACCCCAGAUGAAUGGCCACCCGGACCCCUUCGAUGAGAUCAUCUUGUUCUCCCUCCCUCCUGCUUUAGACUGGGACUCAGUGCAUGUUCCAGGUCCUCAUGCCAUGACCAUCCAAGAGCUGAUGAAUUAUGUUAGCACCAGGCAAAAGCGAGGAAUAUAUGAGGAGUAUGAAGACAUUCGUCGUGAGAACCCUGUUGGCACUUUCCACUGUUCCAUGUCUCCAGGAAACCUAGAGAAGAACCGCUAUGGGGAUGUACCCUGCCUGGACCAAACAAGAGUAAAACUGAUAAAACGAAGUGGCCAUACUCAGACAGAUUACAUCAAUGCCAGUUUCAUGGAUGGCUAUAAGCAGAAGAAUGCUUACAUUGGUACACAAGGCCCUUUAGAGAAUACUUACCGUGAUUUUUGGCUCAUGGUAUGGGAGCAAAAAGUCUUGGUGAUUGUCAUGACCACUCGCUUUGAGGAGGGCGGCAGGAGGAAGUGUGGUCAGUACUGGCCUUUAGAAAAAGACUCUCGGAUCCGAUUUGGCUUCCUCACAGUGACCAAUCUAGGCGUGGAGAACAUGAACCAUUAUAAGAAAACAACGCUAGAAAUUCAUAACACAGAGGAGCGGCAGAAACGCCAGGUGACUCACUUUCAAUUCCUGAGCUGGCCAGAUUAUGGUGUACCCUCCUCAGCAGCUUCCCUCAUUGACUUCUUGAGAGCAGUCAGGAGGCAGCAGAGGUUGGCCGUCAGCAGCAUGGGUGCACACGCCAAAGGGCAGUGCCCUGAACCACCCAUUGUGGUCCAUUGCAGUGCAGGCAUUGGCAGGACAGGUACCUUCUGCUCACUGGACAUCUGCCUGGCACAGUUGGAGGAGCUCGGUACCCUUAAUGUGUUCCAGACGGUGUCCCGCAUGAGGACCCAGAGGGCCUUCAGCAUUCAGACCCCUGAGCAGUACUAUUUUUGCUACAAGGCAAUCCUGGAGUUUGCAGAAAGGGAGGGCAUGGUGCCAUCCAGCCACAACAUCCUGGCUAUGGAGAGUCAGUAA